AUGUUCAACUUCCAGAAACUCAACAAGCAAUCUCUUGCACUGGCCGCGCGUCAGUUCUCGUCUUCGGCUUCGCGGCGCGACGCAGCAACUUGCCAAUUGUUGGGCAAGUUUGGUUCGACGCCAGCCCGAUUUGAAACGAAGGCAGGGCAAAUUGGCUAUCGCUAUCUCUUCGCCGUCAAUCGCGGACUCGGCGAGACGCAAACGACGUCCUGGUUCAAUGUUUCCACGUUUGACAAGUAUGCAAUCGAAAGGUUCGAAGCAGAGGACUUCAAGGGCGCCAAGGCGCUCAUCAAUGCGGCAUUCUCGGUUUCCUCUACUAAGAACGAGGACGGGACUUAUACAGACCUUGUGAACAUCAGACAGACGAGCAUGCACAUCAUUGCGCGCAGUCAGAAGCGACAGGCUGAACAAGAACAAGUGUAA